AUGAUUAAUUUGCUUGAACUUCUGGCGCUACCUAACAUGAUGAGUUAUGUAGUUACUCUGAAUGUUAGAUUCCAAUCUUUGACCAAGUCGAUAAAAGCUAGUGAGGCAGCCAACGCACGGACACUGGAUCCACUUGUGAAGAAUCUUUACAAAAUGGUACCCUCAACGCUCGUAACAUUUCUGGUGGCCAUCGGGUUCCAUACAUGUUCGUCGAGCUCCGUCUCAAACGCAGCCAACCAGUUGGAUAUAUGGUGUGGAGCUGAUGGGCAAAAUUUCGCACAGCCAUCAAAUUCAUGUUUCUACACAAAAAACAUUAGCGCUGUUCCUUUAUACAGGCUAGUCAACCACUAUGCCGACAGCAUGGCGGCAAAUGAACCGAAGUCGGGAAUGUUCAGCAACGAGUGUUGCAGUUACCACAUGCAUGUGCACUUUGCGUGGAGACAGGCUGACGUUCGUCUAUCCAGGGUCGCCCUAGCCUUGCAAAACAACCGAUGGAAAAUUGUUGGUUCAAAUUUGGUUAGCUCCAUAGGAACACUUAUCGAAUUGCCUGCCAAGGGAACGAUUGGUGAGCUUCUCGAUUUCUUGUUUGGAUGUUACUGCUUCGCGGUGCCACAGAGUACAAUUGUGGGAGAUGCGACGGUCUACGUUUCAAAUUUCCGCAGCUCCAGAUCAUCUACAAUCGAUCAGGCACUGUUGACUGAGACAACACAGAACUUUUUGAAAUUGGCUGCUCCCGGAUCCUAUUAUCUGGCUUGGUCCGAUGCGCCUGAAAUGGUUCGAGUCUUCACAGCCCUUAAAUACGAACAACUGAUUUGUGGAGAUACCCCAAUGGGCAAAAACCCAUGCCAUUGGAGUCGCGUUGGAAUGGAUGACGAGGAAGCCAAAUCUCGAUGUCUAUAUAGGAUUCAAAAGAUAGCGUGA